GGCCGGAAAGCGGCGGCGGUUUGUUUCUGGCCGGACCCCGUCAGGGGCUGCGCGCGCUUCCCGCCGCCACAUUCCCCUGCCAACCAGCAGCAGCGGCAGCAGCAGCUCAUGGCUUUCAACUUCGGGGCGACGGCGGGCGCCGGUGCCGCCAACCCCACCGGAUUUGGUGGGCUUGAAACUACAAACUCCACUGCCAGUGGGUUUAAUUUUGGGGGUUUCGGAUUAACUGCUAAUCCUGCAGUGAAUUUUAAUAUUGGGAAUUUCGGUGUUUCCACUACCUCAACUCCGCCAUUCAAUUUUGGUAACAGUCUGGCAAGUGCAGGUGCGUUUGGAGGAUUUGGGACAACUACCACCACUGCGGCACCAGCAUUCAGUUUUUCUGCUCCCACCAAUACAGGCACCAGCGGGCUUUUUGGUGCUACCCAGAACAAGGGCUUUGGAUUUGGUACUAGUUUUGGCACAGGAACUGGAACUGGCUUGGGUAGUGGGUUGGGAACUGGGCUAGGCUUUGGAGGCUUUGGUACCCAGCAGCAACAGACCACAUUAGGAAGCGGCUUGUUCAGCCAGCCUGCUCAGACGCCUGCCCAGUCGAACCAGCUCAUCAAUACAGCCAGUGCCCUCUCAGCUCCAACACUCUUAGGAGAUGAGAGAGAUGCUAUUUUGGCAAAAUGGAACCAGCUUCAGGCCUUCUGGGGCACAGGCAAAGGGUACUUCAACAAUAACAUUGCUCCAGUGGAGUUCACGCAGGAAAACCCCUUUUGCAGGUUUAAGGCUGUGGGUUACAGUUUAAUGCCCAACAACAAAGAUGAAGAUGGCCUCGUGGUCUUGGUCUUCAACAGAAAAGAAACAGAGAUACGAAGCCAGCAGCAGCAGCUUGUAGAAUCACUACACAAAAUUCUGGGAGGAAACCAGACCCUCACUGUCAACGUAGAAGGUGUUAAAACAAUGCCAGACGACCAGACAGAAGUGAUCAUUUACGUUGUUGAGCGCUCACCCAACGGCACGUCAAGGAGAGUUCCUGCAACAACCCUCUACGCCCACUUUGAACAAGCCAACAUAAAAUCAUCCCUGCAGCAGCUGGGGGUCAGCCUCUCCAUGGCCAGAACAGAGCUGUCCCCGGCACAAGUCAAACAGCUCCUCCAGAACCCUCCUGCUGGUGUUGAUCCUAUUAUAUGGGAACAAGCCAAAGUUGACAAUCCUGAUCCUGACAAGCUUAUUCCUGUGCCAAUGGUGGGUUUCAAGGAACUGUUGAGAAGACUGAAGGUCCAAGAUCAGAUGACCAAACAGCAUCAAACUCGAUUAGAUAUAAUAUCAGAAGAUAUCAGCGAGCUGCAGAAAAACCAAACAACAACUAUGGCAAAAAUUGCACAGUACAAAAGGAAGCUGAUGGCGCUUUCUCACAGAACAUUACAGGUGUUAAUAAAGCAGGAGAUCCAAAGGAAAAGCGGUUACGCCAUUCAAGCAGAUGAAGAGCAGCUUCGUGUACAGUUAGAUACAAUUCAAUGUGAACUUAAUGCACCUACACAGUUCAAGGGCAGACUGAAUGAGCUCAUGUCCCAAAUCAGGAUGCAAAACCACUUUGGAGCAGUGCGGGCUGAAGAGCGCUAUUACAUAGAUGCAGACCUCUUAAGGGAAAUCAAGCAACAUCUGAAGCAGCAGCAAGAAGGCCUGAGUCACCUAAUUAGCAUUAUAAAGGAUGACUUGGAGGACAUCAAACUUAUAGAACAUGGGCUGAACGAGAGCAUUCCCAUCAGAGGAGGAGUCUUCAGUUGACAUGGUGGAUGCUGUGGCUGGGCUCACACCAAACAUGUUACUCAAGUUCGUGGUUCACCUUCCAAGGCUAAAACUGUUGAGGUAAAAUAAAACACAUAUCUUCAAGGAGCAAUGGUAUUUUGGCUGUUACCUUUAGAAUUAGCAAAGCCUCUUCAAAGCUUUUGAACUUGACCUUUGGAAGGUUUAUAUUUUAUAAAGCUGUAUAUGCUUUAAUAAAAGAAGGAAAACUGAAUCUGUUCAGAUACUGGUUUACUAUAAAACUAUAUGUACUAUUGUACAUUUUUUCUUUUUUUUCUCCUUUUUCUACAACAGCAUUGUCCUAGAAAUGCAGUGCUGAGGGAAUUGUUCCACUUGUGACUUGAGUUGUGGAAAGCUUAGCCUGCUUCUCUGUUUUUGUCAAAACAAUCAAAUAACAUCAUUAUGUAAACAGCUAAUUUAAAUCAUUACAGAUAUGUAUGUUGCUGUAACUAUGUCUGUCUCUGCAAUACAAGUAGUUUACUGGGGCAAGCUACAGGAAGUUGAUGUUUCCAGUUUUGUCAUUCCUUUGGACUGCAAGGAUCUGAAGGUUAUGGUUUAUCACUUUACAUAUGUGAAUUAUACAAAGCUUUGCUGCCCCGUAAGUAACAACAGAAUGUCUAGGCAUUGUCUUCUGCCUUUUUUUAAUUGCCAGAGAGUAAUAAAUUCAGUCUGACUUUGUAAUAA